CGUAUGACAACAGGUUCAGCUGAUACUCGAUUUUGUAUCCACUGUCCUUUUAAUUAAUAUCGUUGAUAACAAUGCCUGAAUCUUCUGAAACAGAUCAUAUUCUGUCCAGGAGACUUAACAAAAUAUUAGAAACACGAUUGGAGAAUGAUCCGGAUACGAUUGAAGCUUUAAAACAACUCUCCACAUUCUACACUGAAAACACCUUGCAAAACAGACGAUGUUUACGCAGUCAGAUCGAGAAACGUAGCUUAGUAAUCAAUGAAAACUUUCUGCUGGCAUUCAAAGAAGUGAAAGAAAGUUUUGAUGCUGUGUAUAAUGACAUUGCUGAAAUGAGUUCAGACCUUCAGGAUAUGACUACAAGAUUACAUGCUGCAAAACUACAGACUAGACAUUUAUUGGAUCAAACUACAGCUCUUCAGAAUGAAACCAAAUCAACUGAUAUGAAAAUAGAAAUUGCUAAAGCUUUUAUUGACACAUUCCAAUUGAAUGAAGAUGAUCUAACUGCAUUAUAUGGUUCAAAUCCAAAGAAUCCGUCACCUGUUAUGGGUGAUAUUUUUACUGCACUUGAGAAAGUGCAUGCUAUUCACAUGAAUUGUAAAAUUUUGAUGCAGUCAGGGCAUCAGGUGUUGGCAAGCAAUCUAAUGGAACAGAUGACAAUGCAUCAGGAAAGAGCCAUUGAGAGAUUGUACAGAUGGGCACAAUACAACUGCAGGAAUGUUGAGAGUCCAGAUUUUACUGAAACAUUGACUAAAGCAAUGGAAAUCUUACAAACAAGAGGACUACUUUUCAAAUAUGUCAUUGAGGAAUACGCAAUGUUUCGUCGCGGUGUAGUGGAAAGUGAAUUUAUUAACGCGUUGACCCGCGGCGGUCCUUCCGGAAAUCCCGCACCCAUCGAAAUGCGAGCUCACGACCCACAAAUUUACGUCACUGACAUGCUCGCCUGGUUGAAUAAAGCCAUUCCAGUAGAAAAGCAAAAAAUGAACUUGCUCUUAAGCAAAUGCACGAAAUUAGAAGAAUGUGAACAACACUUAGAAACUGCAUUCUCGUCAAUUUUUGAGGGAGCAUGUCUACCGUUGAAAAAUCGCAUGGAGAAGAUAUUGACGGUGCCCACUGAGCCACAUACAUUGUAUGCAGUCACAAACUUAUUGAGGUACUACAAGAAAACAAUGGUAAAAGUGGUUAAAAAUGGAAGUCUUGCUGAAUUACUGCCACAAACCGAAAUUAAAGCUGAAGCGGCAUUUCUAAAUUGCUUAAAAACUCAAGUUGGAAGUAUGUUGGUAAGGGUUGAAGCACCACCGAGAAAUUUGUCACCUACGACUUCAAUUAAUAAUCUACUUGCGUUGAUGCGCGAUAUUUUAUCAACAGCAAGUAUGAGUGAGGGAAGAGAAUCAGAUAUGAUUAAAAUCGCUGCAAUUGUAAUGGAUCCACUCCUGCGGGCCGUCAACGAGCAAGCAUCACGCUUACCACCGAUUGACAUGGCUGUGUACAUGCUCAAUUGCAUGUACGCCAUGUACACCUGCCUCUCCAUGUAUCAGUACAUGGAUAACCGCCUGGAGCGCCUUCAAGCGCAAUCCGAAGCGCAAAUCGAUACGUUAACAUCUGAACAAGCUAGUUCACUUGUCGCGAAUUUAAACCUUGGUCCUAUUUAUACCAUCCUGCAGGAUACAUCCCAUGGUCCUUUAUCGUCCAUUCCAGGUAUGGAGCCAAGUAAUCUUAGAAACUUUUUGCACAAGUUAGAUACGCUUAUAAUCAAACCAGAGACGUUGUUAUUGCCUCAAAUUAACUUACUCGCGUCAUCACAGCAUAAGAAAUCGGUGCAGAAACGUGCUUUUGAUGUGUUAAUAGCGAUUUAUAAACAAUUGCAUCAGGCUGUGAUGAAUCCAAGCAAUUUGUACGAAACGCCCGAGAAUAUUUUGAAUAAGACUCCCGAUGAGAUGCAGACUAUGAUGGAUAAUAUUAAAUAAACGUUAAAAUUAAGUUCUAAAGUAAAA